AUGGAUAGACAAGAUAAUGUUUUAAAUUUAAAUCAACAAGCACCACGGAAAAAAUGUCAUGGAAAUCGAAGAGAUCAACGUUUUCGAAGAAAAUGUCGUGCUGAAAAAAUGAAACCAGCAAAAAUCAAAAAAUUAAUUGAGAAAAGAAAUCGUUUUCAGAGGAAAAAUAAAGAACCUACGACAAAUAUAGAAUCAACAAAAUUAAACAAGGAAUUAUUAGCAUCAAGACAAAAUUAUCAAUCACAACCAAUAAUAACAACAAAUCUUACUAAACGUAAACGAGAUAUAUCUUCACAACAAUUAUCAUCAGCAAUAGAUCUGGCAAUACCAAAAACAACGAGUUCAAUAUCUAUUGCACAAUCAACAUCCAAAAAAAUGAAGAAUAUAUCAGAAAUAAUGGAUAAUAAUUCAAUAAUCAAUAGAAAUAACAAUGAUACAAAUAAACAUCUAAAUUAUCGGUAUUUACAACCAAUGUAUUUAACACGGUCAUCAUCGAUACUCUAUCAAAUAUUAAAUAAAGCUUUAAAUUAUUCAUUAAAGAAAAAAGAUGAAAAACAAUUUAUCAAUGGACGACUUCAACUAUUAGAUCAACAAUAUUGUUUAGAAAUGGAUCGACAAUUAUGGCAAUCUUAUUUAGAUAUUGGUUUACAACAACCUUUAUGGCCGGUAAGUUUUUUAUUUUAUAUUAAAAUCAGUCUUAUAUUUUAUUUGUUUUGA